AAUAGCAGUUGAGACCCUCACAAGAAACUCAUCCCAGGCUUCGAGUGAAUUCAAUUCCCAGCACUACAACAAUCUUCUCCUUAUCCUUAUACCAACUUUUAAAGAAAAUGUCUUGCAAUUGUAGCUGUGGCAGUGACUGCAAGUGCGGCAGUGGCUGCAAGUGUGGCGUGUACCCUGACUUGAGCUACUCAGAGACCACUUCCACUGAAACUAUUAUUGCCGGAGUUGCACCUGUGAAAAUGUUCUCUGAGGGGUCUGAGAUGAGCUAUGGAGCAGAGAAUGACUGCAAGUGUGGCUCAAGCUGCAGCUGCAGCUCAUGUGGCUGCCACAAAUGAUCGAAGCAAGCCAAGAUCCAGACUCAAAGAAGAAAGCUGUGAUGGUCUCUAUAAAUAAGAAGAAGACUGUAAAAGCUUGGUUUUAGAACUUACUGUAAAAUAAGAUUAGCCAUGGGAUUUGCAAAUCCAUGAAUCUCCUAGCUUGCUAGCGAGCUAGGGUUUUGGGAUUUGCUUUGUGUCUUGUGGUAACCUUAAUUAUUUUUAUGUUACAUCUUGCUUAAUUUAUGUGUUCGUUCAGCU